GUUUAGUCAGGUCAAGAAUGAGGAAAGGCGUUCAUGUACAGAAGCGAACAAGCCCACCGGGAGCACAGACGACUACUGUCAACUCGGCUCCGUUACUUCUUCUCCAGCCAUGGGGACUUUCUUUCUCCUGUUUCUCAUUUUUUCAGUGAUUCCUAACGCUUUCGGUUCCAACAUCUGCACAUCACGAGGAGUCACCACUUGUCAACAGUGCUUGGUCGUUCAUCCUACUUGUGCAUGGUGCUCUCAGGAGGAAUUUGGCAGGGGUGGAUCCAGUGUAUCCCGUUGUGACCAGAGACAGGCGCUAGUGGAUGCAGGAUGCAGUGAGGAUGCUCUGGAAUUUCCAUCCAGCAAGCUGUCCAUCCAGAAGGAUGACCCGCUCAGCAACAAGGCCUUAGGGACUGCUGAUGUCACUCAGAUCAAGCCUCAGAAAAUCCAUUUGACACUAAGACCAGGUGAUGCCAAGCGGUUCACUGUGUCAGUGAAACAGGUGGAAGAUUACCCAGUAGAUCUCUAUUAUCUGAUGGACCUCUCAUAUUCGAUGAAGGACGACUUGGCUCUCCUUCGUACUUUAGGUACUGAACUUGCUGAGACUAUGCGCCGCACCACAAGCAACUUGCGCAUGGGGUUUGGAGCAUUUGUUGACAAGACCGCAUCUCCUUACAUGUACACCUAUCCUCCAGAAGCAGUGCAAAACCCCUGUUAUGGAAUGGGCCUCACAUGCAAGGCUCAAUUCGGGUUCAAGCAUGUGUUGUCACUAACAGAGGUGGUAACUCGCUUCAAUGAGGAAGUGGGCAAACAAGAGGUGUCUAGAAACAGAGAUGCUCCAGAGGGGGGAUUUGAUGCUAUCAUGCAGGCUGUGGUGUGCAAGGACAAGAUCGGCUGGCGUCCAGAUGCAUCACAUCUUCUUGUUUACACCACUGAUGCCAAAACACACAUCGCUCUGGAUGGACGUAUAGCUGGAAUUGUUCAACCUAAUGAUGGAAAGUGUCACCUUGACGAUGACAAUGUUUACAACGAAACUAAUGUGCUGGAUUAUCCUUCUUUGGGGCUGAUAACUGAGAAAAUGUCAGAAAACAACAUUAAUUUAAUUUUUGCUGUCACAAGCUAUGUGGUGCAACUGUACAAGGAGUACAGUCAGCUCAUUCCUGGGACAACCGUGGGAGUACUGGCCCGGGACUCACGGAAUGUUAUUGAGCUCAUUGAGGAGGCUUACGCGAAAAUCCGCUCAAAAGUGGAGCUGGAGCUCCUGGGUGUCCCAGAAGAGCUAAAUCUCUCUUUUAACGCAACCUGUGUGGGAGGAGAGGUCAUCCGUGGACUCAAGUCUUGCUCUGGCCUCAAGAUUGGGGACACAGUGUCUUUCAGCGUGGAGGCCCAGUUGCGAGGCUGUCCCAAAGAAAAAACUCGCACUUUUACCAUCAAACCUCGAGGCUUUAAGGAUUCCCUGAAAGUCACAGUGGAUUUUGCAUGUGGCUGCGACUGUGAGGCAACGGCUGAGAACAACAGCUCCCUCUGUAGCAACGGCAACGGGACGUACGAGUGUGGAGUGUGUCAGUGUUACCAGGGUCGCCUGGGCCCACGGUGUGAGUGUUCAGUGGAAGACUACAGUCCAUCUGAUGACGCCAACUGCAUCCCCAAGCCAGACAGUCCGAUGUGCAGUGGGAGGGGAAACUGCCUGUGCGGUCAGUGCUCCUGCCAUACAAGUGAGUUUGGUCAGGUGUGGGGAAAAUACUGCGAAUGUGACGACUUCAACUGCCUGCGCUUCAAAGGGGCGCUGUGUUCCAGUCAUGGCAAAUGCGACUGUGGCUUCUGCCGGUGUGAUGCUGGCUGGAAAGGAGACAACUGUAACUGUAGCACACAGAUAGACAGUUGCAUGUCCAACAUUGGCAUGCUGUGCAGCGGUCGGGGUUACUGCGAGUGUGGAGUUUGUCAGUGCACUCAGCCCGGUGCCUAUGGAACAACCUGUGAUAAGUGUCCCACCUGUCCUGAUUCCUGCACAAUUAAGCAGGCAUGUGUCGAGUGUCAGCACUUCAAGAGGGGACAGUACAUAAAGGACAACAGCUGCAAUCGAAUCUGCAGAGACGAAAUUAUUGUAGUGGAAAACCUGGGUGAAAAACAGAAUGCUGUAAACUGCUCCUACAAGGACGAAAAUGACUGUGUGGAGCACUUCCAGUAUUACGAAGAUGAAAGUGGCAAAUCCAUCCUGUAUGUGAUAAAAGAGCCAGUGUGUCCUGAGGGUCCAGACAUCUUGGUGGUGCUCAUGGCAGUAGCAGGGGCCAUUCUGUUACUGGGCCUUGUUGGCCUCCUAAUAUGGAAGCUGCUGGUCACCAUUCAUGACCGCAGAGAGUAUGCCAAGUUUGAGGAAGAGAGAGCCAAGGCCAAAUGGGAUACGGCUAACAAUCCCUUGUAUAAAGGAGCCACAUCCACCUUCACUAAUGUAGCAUACAGAGGCAACUAAUAACAGCUUGCACAGAAAACAACUCAGGGGUCAACGACAAAGAUGGAAUGUAGCAGCAAAGAGAUGGACAGAAGGAAGAUCUUCACACUGUCAUGUAUCCAGCUGCUGUAGCUGAUAAGUAGUUAUCGCUGUCAACAGUAUGAUGUAAUAAUUGUACAUAAUGUAAAAAAAUAGCUGAAGCUGCCUGUCUAUGGCUUCCUUUCUGGAUCUUUGGCACGCCUUCUUCAGAGAAAAAACACUGUAUCAACUGCUGGUGAAGCACUUGAGGUUUUUGUGAGAGAAUUCUCAAACCAUUGCAAUAUAUGUUGUUCAGGCCUUUUGAGGGUUAGCGCUUCAACACUCUUUUGAGUGUGCUCAAAUUGUUUGUAAAAAAAAUAACCAAAAAAACAACCAAAAAAAGAUAUCACUAUGAGCUAAUGGGUAUUCACUGAAAAUACAUUACAAAAAUGUAAAUCCUCUCAGGUGUUUUUCAUUAAACACUGUUCACCCAUAACAUGAACAUGAAACAUGAACAUUUUUGUGCUUCUUGUUGUCUGUUGUAGCCUUUUUACAACUGCCAGUGGGGAUCAAGUCAAUUUCAGCUCCCGUCACAUCAAAAAUUGUUGUCUAUAAAUUUUCUGCUCACCAUGGAACAGGAAGUAGUUUUUUCAAAGUCUUUAACACUAGAAGGGCCAUCAAUCUUAGCAGAGUGGAGUAAAAUGUGUAAAAACAGCACUCAUUCUAGUUUUUGGCUGACUGCUGAGGUCAGCCCUACACAUGGCAAUGUCUGUGUCUGAGUAAGUAAGUAAGUAACUGACUGAGUGAGUGAGUGAGUGAUGCUAAUUUAUAAGCCAUAGAAUACAGAGUUGCAUUUGCUUGUACUGACUGCUGGCAGUAAUGGCUGCCUCCACUGUGUUAACUAGAGCCAUACAUACAGAGUUGCGCUAUGGGUGGAGUUUACUUGUGCUGAAAGCCCUCUGAUUGCUGCCCUCACUGCUGUAAAUACUCAGAUAUAGCUU